AAAUCCCAUUUUACUGAGGUUGCUAUUACACCAACACGUAUUCAUUUUAGUUUUGUUCGCGUUACCGUCUGCUUCUCCUGACGCACCAAUUCAGUGCAUUUUCCAGCAGAGAUCACAGGCUGGGAGGAUGACAGCUCGAGUGUAUUUCUUGUUGACUGCGUGUUUGUUCGGACACUUGAGCAUAACUUAUGCUAUUCAAAAACGAAACACAGUGGAUGGUUUCUGUCCGGUGACGCUGACGGUUGUGCCAUCCCAUCAAGGAUGUUCCUCUGAUGAAGACUGUCCUGGAGGGCAAAAAUGCUGUCAAUUUGACUGUGGGCCUGUUUGCGUGCUGCCUGUUUUCAAGAAGCCGGGUCAGUGUCCCAUACCGGAGAUGAUUCCACUGUGUGCUAAAAGCUGUUUCAACGAUGGCCAGUGUCCUGCCACACAGAAAUGUUGCCCAACCACCAGUGGCUUAGCAUGCAGUGAACCACGUGGUCAGGGAAGAGGUCAGACAAGUUGCCAGGGAAGCGGCUACGGCGCGGGCCAGGGAAGCGGCUACGGCGCGGGCCAGGGAAGCGGCUACGGCGCGGGCCAGGGAAGCGGCUACGGCGCGGGCCAGGGAAGCGGCUACGGCGCGGGCCAGGGAAGCGGCUACGGCGCGGGCCAGGGAAGCGGCUACGGCGCGGGCCAGGGAAGCGGCUACGGCGCGGGCCAGGGAAGCGGCUACGGCGCGGGCCAGGGAAGCGGCUACGGCGCGGGCCAGGGAAGCGGCUACGGCGCGGGCCAGGGAAGCGGCUACGGCGCGGGCCAGGGAAGCGGCUACGGCGCGGGCCAGGGAAGCGGCUACGGCGCGGGCCAGGGAAGCGGCUACGGCGCGGGCCAGGGAAGCGGCGCUGGACAGGGCCAGGGAAGCGGCGCUGGACAGGGCCAGGGAAGCGGCUACGGCGCGGGCCAGGGCCAGGGUAGCGGCUACGGCGCGGGCCAGGGCCAGGGUAGCGGCUACGGCGCGGGCCUGGGACAGGGUAGCGGCUACGGCGCGGGCCAGGGCCAGGGAAGUGGCGCUGGACAGGGCCAGGGAAGCGGCUACGGUGCGGGCCAGGGACAGGGUAGCGGCUACGGCGCGGGCCAGGGCCAGGGAAGUGGCGCUGGACAGGGUAGCGGCUACGGCGCGGGCCAGGGCCAGGGAAGUGGCGCUGGACAGGGUAGCGGCUACGGCGCGGGCCAGGGCCAGGGAAGUGGCGCUGGACAGGGUAGCGGCUACGGCGCGGGACAGGGCCAGGGCCAGGGUAGCGGCUACGGCGCGGGCCAGGGCCAGGGUAGCGGCUACGGCGCGGGCCAGGGCCAGGGUAGCGGCUACGGCGCGGGCCAGGGCCAGGGUAGCGGCUACGGCGCGGGCCAGGGCCAGGGUAGCGGCUACGGCGCGGGCCAGGGCCAGGGUAGCGGCUACGGCGCGGGCCAGGGCCAGGGUAGCGGCUACGGCGCGGGCCAGGGCCAGGGUAGCGGCUACGGCGCGGGCCAGGGAAGCGGCGCUGGACAGGGCCAGGGAAGCGGCUACGGCGCGGGCCAGGGAAGCGGUGCUGGACAGGGUAGCGGCUACGGCGCGGGCCAGGGAAGCGGCUACGGGGCGGGCCAGGGAAGCGGCUACGGCGCGGGCCAGGGACAGGGUAGCGGCUACGGCGCGGGCCAGGGCCAGGGAAGCGGCUACGGCGCGGGCCAGGGACAGGGCCAGGGAAGUGGCGCUGGACAGGGUAGUGGCUACGGUGCGGGACAGGGCCAGGGAAGCGGCUAUGGCGCGGGCCAGGGAAGCGGCGCUGGACAGGGCCAGGGAAGCGGCUACGGCGCGGGCCAGGGAAGCGGUGCUGGCCAGGGAAGCGGCUACGGGGCGGGCCAGGGAAGCGGCUACGGGGCGGGCCAGGGAAGCGGCUACGGCGCGGGCCAGGGACAGGGUAGCGGCUAUGGCGCGGGCCAGGGCCAGGGUAGCGGCUAUGGCGCGGGCCAGGGCCAGGGAAGUGGCGCUGGACAGGGCCAGGGAAGCGGCUACGGCGCGGGCCAGGGACAGGGUAGCGGCUACGGCGCGGGACAGGGACAGGGAAGUGGCGCUGGACAGGGUAGCGGCUACGGCGCGGGCCAGGGACAGGGUAGCGGCUACGGCGCGGGCCAGGGCCAGGGCCAGGGAAGUGGCGCUGGACAGGGUAGCGGCUACGGCGCGGGCCAGGGCCAGGGAAGUGGCGCUGGACAGGGUAGCGGCUACGGCGCGGGACCGGGCCAGGGUAGCGGCUACGGCCAGGGCCAGGGUAGCGGCUACGGCGCGGGCCAGGGCCAGGGUAGCGGCUACGGCGCGGGCCAGGGCCAGGGUAGCGGCUACGGCGCGGGCCAGGGCCAGGGUAGCGGCUACGGCGCGGGCCAGGGCCAGGGUAGCGGCUACGGCGCGGGCCAGGGCCAGGGUAGCGGCUACGGCGCGGGCCAGGGCCAGGGUAGCGGCUACGGCGCGGGCCAGGGCCAGGGUAGCGGCUACGGCGCGGGCCAGGGCCAGGGUAGCGGCUACGGCGCGGGCCAGGGCCAGGGUAGCGGCUACGGCGCGGGCCAGGGCCAGGGUAGCGGCUACGGCGCGGGCCAGGGAAGCGGCGCUGGACAGGGUGCUGGACAGGGUCAAGGAAGUGGCGCGGGACAGGGUGCUGGACAGGGUCAAGGAAGUGGCGCGGGACAGGGUGCUGGAAAGGGUCAGGGAAGUGGCGCGGGACAGGGUGCUGGAAAGGGUCAAGGAAGUGGCGCGGGACAGGGUGCUGGAAAGGGUCAGGGAAGUGGCGCGGGACAGGGUGCUGGAAAGGGUCAGGGAAGCGGCACUGGACAGGGCACUGGACAGGGUCAGGGAGGCGGCACUGGACAGGGUCAGGGAAGCGGCGUGGGACAGGGCGCUGGACAGGGUCAGGCAAGCAGCACUGGACAGGGCGCUGGACAGGGUCAGGGAAGCGGCGCUGGACAGGGUCAGGGAAGCGGCGCGGGACAGGGUGCUGGACGGGGUCAGGGAAGCAGUGCGGGACAGGGUCAGGGAAGCGGCACUGGACAAGGCACUGGACAGGGUCAGGGAAGCGGCGCUGGACAGGGUGCGGGACAGGGUCAGGCAAGCGGCACUGGACAGGGUCAGGUAAGCGGCGCUGGACAAGGCGCGGGACAGGGUCAGGCAAGCAGCGCGGGACAGGGCACGGGACAGGGUCAGGGAAGCGGCACGGGACAGGGCGCUGGAGAGGGUCAGGGAAGCGGCGCUGGACAGGGUGCGGGACAGGGUCAGGGAAGUGGCGCGGGACAGGGUGCUGGACGGGGUCAGGGAAGCAGUGCGGGACAGGGUCAGGGAAGCGGCACUGGACAAGGCACUGGACAGGGUCAGCGAAGCGGUGCGGGACAGGGUCAGGGAAGCGGCGCUGGACAGGGUCAGGGAAGCGGCACGGGACAGGGCACUGGACAGGGUCAGGGAAGCGGCACGGGACAGGGUCAGGGAAGCGGCACUGGACAGGGUCAGGGAAGCGGCACUGGACAGGGUCAGGGAAGCGGCGUGGGACAGGGCGCUGGACAGGGUCAGGGAAGCGGCGCGGGACAGGGCGCUGGACAGGGUCAGGGAAGCGGCGCGGGACAGGGCGCUGGACAGGGUCAGGGAAGCGGCGCGGGACAGGGCGCUGGACAGGGUCAGGGAAGCGGCGUGGGACAGGGUCAGGGAAGCGGCGCGGGACAGGGCGCUGGACAGGGUCAGGGAAGCGGCGCGGGACAGGGCGCUGGACAGGGUCAGGGAAGCGGCGCGGGACAGGGCGCUGGACAGGGUCAGGGAAGCGGCGUGGGACAGGGUCAGGGAAGCGGCGCGGGACAGGGCGCUGGACAGGGUCAGGGAAGCGGCGCGGGACAGGGCGCUGGUCAGGGAAGCGGCGCGGGACAGGGCGCUGGUCAGGGAAGCGGCGCGGGACAGGGUGCUGGUCAGGGAAGCGGCGCGGGACAGGGUGCUGGACAGGGUCAGGGAAGCGGCGUGGGACAGGGCGCUGGACAGGGUCAGGGAAGUGGCGUGGGACAGGGUCAGGGAAGCGGCGCGGGACAGGGCGCUGGACAGGGUCAGGGAAGCGGCGCGGGACAGGGUGCUGGUCAGGGAAGCGGCGCGGGACAGGGCACUGGACAGGGUCAGGGAAGCGGCGCGGGACAGGGCGCUCGACAGGGUCAGGGAAGUGGCGUGGGACAGGGUCAGGGAAGCGGCGCGGGACAGGGCGCUGGACAGGGUCAGGGAAGCGGCGCGGGACAGGGCGCUGGUCAGGGAAGCGGCGCGGGACAGGGUGCUGGUCAGGGAAGCGGCGCGGGACAGGGUGCUGGUCAGGGAAGCGGCGCGGGACAGGGUGCUGGACAGGGUCAGGGAAGCGGCGUGGGACAGGGCGCUGGACAGGGUCAGGGAAGUGGCGUGGGACAGGGUCAGGGAAGCGGCGCGGGACAGGGCGCUGGACAGGGUCAGGGAAGCGGCGCGGGACAGGGCGCUGGUCAGGGAAGCGGCGCGGGACAGGGCGCUGGUCAGGGAAGCGGCGCGGGACAGGGUGCUGGUCAGGGAAGCGGCGCGGGACAGGGCACUGGACAGGGUCAGGGAAGCGGCGUGGGACAGGGUCAGGGAAGCGGCGUGGGACAGGGUCAGGGAAGCGGCGCUGGACAGGGCACUGGACAGGGCCAGGGAAGCGGCGUGGGACAGGGUCAGGGAAGCGGCGCGGGACAGGGCGCUGGACAGGGCCAGGGAAGCGGCGCGGGACAGGGCGCUGGACAGGGUCAGGGAAGCGGCGCGGGACAGGGUGCUGGUCAGGGAAGUGGCACGGGACAGGCUGCUGGUCAGGGAAGCGGCGCGGGACAGGGCACUGGACAGGGUCAGGGAAGCGGCGCGGGACAGGGUCAGGGAAGCGGCGCUGGACAGGGCGCUGGACAGGGCCAGGGAAGCGGCGCUGGACAGGGCCAGGGAAGCGGCGCAGGACUGGGCGCUGGACAGGGCCAGGGAAGCGGCGCAGGACUGGGCGCUGGUCAGGGCCAGGGAAGCGGCGUGGGACAGGGAAGUGGUUAUGGACAGGGCGCGGGACAGGGAAGUGGUUAUGGACAGGGCGCGGGACAGGGAAGUGGUUAUGGACCGGGCGCGGGACAGGGAAGUGGUUAUGGACAGGGCGUGGGACAGGGAAGCGGUGCUGGACAGGGUGCCAGUCAGGGUGCUGGACAGGGCCAGGGAAGCGGCUAUGGCCAGGGUGCCGGACAGGGCCAGGGAAGCGCUCAAGGGAAUUGAUGGGGAUGAGGAAAAAGUCAAUGUUGUGGUCAGGGAGAUGAUCAUGAGAAUUUUGCAAGAUACUGUCUGGAGAUCUUUUCCAGUGCUUUUAUUCAAAUGGCAUGUUUUCAUAGUUUGCUCAAACAGUUUAGAAAGACUUUGUCUCUCUACCACUACUACCACCUCAAAUAAAAAAUAAAAUAAAAAAUGCUUGAUUUGAA